UUCACUCAUCCAGAUGAAGCCACAGCCACAGACGCAGCUGCACAGAUUCAGGAGCUACAGCAAGACAAAUAUCUCUACUAAACUAUCUGACCGUAAAUCAGAACCGAUUCAGAUACUGUGUUUCUGGUUUUGUUCUGUUAGACACUGUUUUGUUUAUUUGUUCAUUCAUCACCCAAACUUGGCAGACAGCAUUUAUCGAAAAUAACCUCUCCAUCUGGGAUGUGUGUAUAAAGGAUCCUGGGACUGGAACGGGACUGAAGGCGACGGUAGAGCAGAACUAUGGGGAGAUGAGUAUGGAAUUGCCCUCUGUGAAGCCAGGAGCCAUCACCAUUGGAUGGAUGAUGGUAAAAUAUUUUCUUUAUCAGAGAGAAAUUAAUUUAAUUUAAAUGACUGCAUAUGCUGCUCAGUUGCCACAAGAUGAGAACUGUCACUAUCUCAGCGGCUGGUUUGAUAUAACACUGCUCCACUGGCACAUAGCGACAUUCAGCUCUUUGUGUCCGUCAGCGAGUUUAUAAUUUCACACUCAGCUUCAUAAUAACCAUCCCCUCUGAGGGAGAACACGAGCCAAUCGAAGAGAGACGUGGAGACAGAGAGCACAAGCCAAUCAGAGAGAGGAGACGGAGAGAACGAGCCAAUCAGAGAGAGGAGACAGAGAGCACGAGCCAAUCAGAGAGAGGAGACGGAGAACACGAGUUGAUUGGAGAGAGACGAGGAAACGGCGAGAACAAGCCAAUCAGAGAGGGGAGACGGAGAGAACGAGCCAAUCAGAGAGAGGAGACAGCACAGAGAUCGCCCUCCUCUCGCACCGCUUGGCGUGGGCUGCCCUUGCCUGCAGCUCCUGGACUGGAGGCCUGAGGACACGCAGAGACUAUGGCUGCGGACAACGGGACGUGCUGGGCCGCAGGCGCAGUGGACAUCCACGCUCCCACACAAGCCGCACCUGUGCACACAGGUGUGCUGCAGACAGAUGAGCCGUACUCAGGUGAGGUGCAUGCAGGUGUGGAGGGCCUGGGCUGGAUCCUGAGCGUUGGCUCCAUGCUGAUCAUCAGCACUAACUUGCUGGUGGGCAUGGCUCUGCUACUGCUCGUCAGGAAGAAGGGCGGGCAGAGCUGGUGCUUCGUGCUCAACCUGGCGCUGGCCGACACGCUGGUGGGCGUGGCUAUCACUGGCAUCGCCUCAGGGGUGAUCCACGCCAGCACCUCCCCGACCAGCAGGACCAGGUGCUUGAUCCGCAUGGCCUUCAUCACCUCCACCUCCACAGCCUCCAUCCUCACCAUGUUCUUCAUCUCGCUGGACCGCUACGUCGCCAUCAGGCUGCCGCUGCGCUAUGCGCAGCUGGCGGGCGCGCGGGUGACGGCGGCGGCACUGGCGGUGCUGUGGCUGCUGGCCCUGGCCGUGGGUUUCCUGCCGGGGAUGGUGCAGCAGAUGCAGCAGAGCCACUACGGCGGCUUCUGCACCUUCUUCUCCGUCAUCCGGCCCAAGAGCAUCAUCCUGGUCUUCUGCACCUGCUUCUUCCCCGUCCUCUCUGUCUUCAUCUACUUCUACCUGGACAUCCUCAAGAUCGCCUGUGGCCACCAGCGGCAGAUCCGCCAAACCUGCCGGUCCAGCCUGGCCGGCUCCCCUGUUCCUCAUCCGAACCGGCACGGCGGUCACGUGAAGGCCCUGCGGACAGUGGCCCUGCUGGUGGGCUGCUUCACCCUCUCCUGGAGCCCCUUCUUCAUCGCCAGCACGGUGCAGGUGUUGUGCCAGUCCUGCAAGCUCUACCGCAUCAUCGAGAACGACCUGUGGCUGCUGGGACUGUCCAACUCGCUGCUCAACCCGCUGGUGUACGCUUGUUGGCAGAAGGAAGUCCGCCAUGAGCUCUGCGCCCUCUUCACCUGCAUAAAAAGCAAGCUUUCAAAUGCAGCCCUGCAUGCCACCUACAGGGGGCGCCACUCUGGCCGCACCAUGACCGCUGAGACUCCGGUGCACAGCGAAUCUUGUCCUGCUUCAGGGCCCCAGCUGAGACCUGGACUGCCUCACACAGACACUCCAGUGGUGUCCUCUGCGUCCUUAUAAACCACAUGCGUGUACCACACCUUUAAAAACCACAUGCGUGUAUCACACCUUUUAAACCCACACACGUGACAUCAUACGGUUUAAAACUGUGUGACAUACUUGUACUUUUCCAAAAAAAGAGAGAAAAAACAGAAUCCAGUUAACAUUCUGUGGGGGGAACAGGGGGAACUUUGAUAUGUGAACUAAACGAGAUAAAUGUGAGAAGGAUAAAUGUGAGAAGAAUAAAUGUGAGAAGGAUAAAUGUGAGAAGGAUAAAUGUGAGAAGGAUAAAUGUGAAAAGGAUAAAUGUGAGAAGGAUAAAUGUGAGAAGGAUAAAUGUGAAAAGGAUAAAUGUGAGAAGGAUAAAUGUGAGAAGGAUAAAUAUGAAAAGGAUAAAUGUGAGAAGGAUAAAUGUGAGAAGGAUAAAUGUGAAAAGGAUAAAUGUGAAAAACUCUGAUGAUGGCUGUUCUCAGGCCAUUUUCGACUCACUGCACAUUUAAUGGACCAGAUGGUUUUGUUUGCUUUUGUUUUGCUGUUUCUUCCAGCUGGUUAAUCGACCUUAUCUCUACAACAUUACACUGUAUCUGUUUCUCUGUUCAGAUUGAUCUAUUUGUGAAUAACAAAAACAAAACUUUAAAAUGACAAAUAAAGAAAAACACCAAGAGGUCUCUUUGAAUCUGAAAGUGACAGUGUAAUCCUUUUAGACAAAGAAAACAAAAAAUCUUGGCCAAGAUUUACAAUGACCUAUUCAUGACAAUAACAGAACUGUGAAUAUAAUA